AUGGUUGUGGCACAUCAACUCCUCAAACUCAGAAAAUUCUAUAAACAAAAUGGUGGUCCAAUACUAGAAGGUGUCAAGAAUAUAAGGAUCUAUACAAGCAAACAACUUAAGCAGAUGACAAAUAACUACAGGGUUGUUAUUGGAGAGGGCCAUUUUGGUAAGGUUUAUAUGGGGACUCUAAAAGACACACAACAAGUGGCUAUAAAGAAGACCAUCAAAGUUAAUGAAGCUAGCAAAAAGGACUUCAUUGCUGAGAUUAUAAUCCAAUCUGGAAUGAGGCACAAGAACAUUGCCAGGCUCUUAGGUUGUUGCUUAGAGAUGGAUGUUCCAAUGUUGAUGUAUGAGUAUGUAGUGAAAGGGAGUUUGUAUGAUGUUCUGUUCAAAAGCAAAGACAACGUUCCAGUGGAUACCCGCCUCAGGAUUGCCAUUGGUUCCGCCGAAGGCUUGGCAUACAUGCAUUCAGCAGUGGAGAGUACCAUCCGUCACGGUGAUGUUAAAUCUGCUAAUAUACUUCUUGAUGCAAGAUUCACCCCAAAAAUUUCAGACUUUGGGACCUCAAAGCUGCUUGCAAGAGGAAAUUCUGUGCAGACGGAAUGGGUCACUGGAGACAAGGCUUACAUAGAUCCAGCAUACAUGGUCCAUGGGAUAGUUACACAGAAGAGUGAUGUAUACAGCUUUGGAAUUGUUCUCAUAGAGCUUAUCACAAGGAGGGUUGCAAUAUAUGAUGACAAUAUGAGUUAUGCAAAAAAAUUUGUUCUAGCUUGUCAAGAUCAAAGAGUAAGGAACUUUGUUGAUAAUGAUAUUACAAGCGAGAAUGAUAUGGAGAUCCUGGAAAUGGUUAGCAAAGUCGCUCUGGAGUGUCUUAAACUUAAUCCUGAGGAACGCCUAGAUAUGACGCAAGUAGAAAACCGUCUCCGUAAUAUAGGGCAAUCUGAAUAA